AUGACACACCCUGGGUGUGAUUCCCGGUCUGCCCCCAGCUUAUAUAAAAGGUGCGCAUUGUGCAAGCCCCCGUUUCGGUGCACGACAUCCGACGCGGACUUUGUAGCACUUUCACGACUGUGAACACCUGUGAUAGAAAAAUGUCGUACGCUUAUUCCAAGUCAAAGACCAGCAGUCCCAGUCAGGCAAUCGAGGACAGCAAGAAGAAGACCUCACUUCUCAAGGACAACAGCUGGAUCAGAAAGGCGUCAGUCGAGGAUGAACCUUCCGAACCCAGAGAUACAAAUUUUGGGAGGGCUGUACUAGGUCGAUUUAAGUCCCAGGAGACUCUUAACAGGACAUCAGAACCAAAACAACCAGACACCGUGAACCAAGGCUCAUCUGUACUGUCCCUCAGCAAGAGGUUCAGUGCAAGCCAGGAUGAACUGGCCAAGAGCAGCACUCUCCCUUCCUCUGGCUCUAAGUUGAGGACCACCACGAGCACUACCACCAGAAGUUUCAGCACAAAUGAUGGUGAAUCCGGUGAUACUACAGUCACGACCGUCACCACAACCAGGUCAUCAGGUCUGAAAAGUCCUCUGAAGACCACGGUUGAGAAAGACUGGUCAUCAAAUGUGUCAUCAGGUCUGAAAAGUCCUCUGAAGACAACGGCUGAGAAAGACUGGUCAUCAAAUGUAACUUCAAAGGUGACCAGUACCAAAACGAUCAGAACGGAGGUGACCCCAGUAACCACCACAAAGGACAGCACUGAGAAAAUGACAGUCAUAUCCAGCACAAAAAGCAGUGAGGGUGCCCCAGUCGCCCCCCCCAAAGAAAGCACCGAAAAAGUAACAACUGUAUUCAGUACUAAACCCAAAAGCGAGGCGCCCCCAGUCAUCGCCCCAAAGAAGAACGUGGAGAGUGUGUCCAUCACUGAAACAAUCAAAACAGAAGUGGACCCAGUCAAACCUACUAAGGAUACCACAGCGAGAACCACUGUCGUGAACAGAACCAGCACUGAAGUCGUAAAACCAGUAAUCCCAAAGGAGAGCUCUGACAGUUCUGUAAUUGUGACCACCACUAAAACAAUCCUCAAUGAACUGGGUCCGGUCUCAACGACUAAGCAGAGCACUGAGAGAUCAUACAUCAAUACUCUGGAAAAAGUGACCUCACCCACAACCAGGACCAGCGUCACAACCUACAGCAGCAGUGACUAUUCACCAUCAACAAGGGUGACAACAACCACUUUUGACAACACGUACAGUGACUCCAGUUAUGAUCGUAGCAUAAAUUCAAGUCUCUAUGCUUCACCAUCAUAUACAUCAAACAGGACAAUGAAUUUUCCUGUGGAUGAUGUAGUCUCAACAUCUAAAAGUCUGUACACAAGGAGUGAGAGGUCUGUACUUGAGAAGGACAUCUGCUCUUCCUGCCGCAAACCCAUGAGCACCGAGCCCAAGAUGAUCCUGAACGACAUACAGAUAAACUGCCAUGCAACCUGCUUCAAGUGUGACGUGUGCAAUGGCCCCCUGGGGCACCUGAAGGCUGGGGACACCAUGUGGGUUUACCGGCGUGCCGUCCACUGCGAGUCCUGCUUCAGCAGGGCCAGAGAACAGUGGCAGCGCUGAGUUUGACGAUCGCUGCAUGGGAGUGAAGACGCAAUGAUGAAGUCUGCAUAUAAACUAGCAAAACAUUAGCCAGUAUGCUCUAUAUUCAUGAUAAGAGAAUUGUGUAUUGAACUAUACUGUAUCUAUAGAUUAUUAUUCUUCCCACUUUCAUUUAUGUAUUUUCAUGGGGCUAAGAAAGAGUUGAAAGAAACCUUACAGUAAAAAAAGGGAUCUCUAUCCAAACUUUCAAAUCUUUAUUGCAAACUGAAUAGUACACUUCUGCAAAGCAACAUUUAUUUCCUUAAAUCUUUAAGCUGCUUGUGGCAUUUUUAUUGCAAAAGUUAAAUGCAUUUUGUUUGAUGUGCUUACUGGAACAAGCAAUCAAAAAAUAAAAUUAAGUUCUACAUA